AUGAAUGUUCAAGCUUUCGUUAGUCCAAAUAUCAUCACAUUAUCUGUUAAUGAUAAUGAAUAUCCUCCAAUCAACAAGACAUUUGCAAUAUGGUCUUAUUUUUUUGAGAAGCAUCUUUGGAAUUAUGAUUACUUUGUAGUAAUCGAUGCUGAUACCUAUGUUAAUGUUGAACAACUAAGUCUUAUGUUGAAACAACUGAAUUGUCGCGAAUGCUACAUUGGUUUUCCUGCAAUAGGUCAAAGCUACGAACGCAAGAAUUUGGAUCUUCAUGUACCCUAUUGUCUAGGCAUGGGAUAUGUAAUAUCUCGUGAUACUCUUUUAAGAUUUGGUCCUCAUAUCAACACUUGUCAAAUGUCGACUGUUUCUCAACAUUCAGAUACUGAAUUAGGACGAUGUAUCUAUCGUUAUGGUAAUGGUUUGGCUUGUACACGCGCCACAAGUCCAUUUGAACGAGUUAUGUACACUGUAAUAGAUAAGAAUAAGAUUGCUUGGGUGAAACAUAAUGCUCGUAAGCAGCUUCAGAUAGACUUUCCAGAAUCACCACCAACUAGUUUUUUUCGAGCUGCUAUGAUUCAUCCUCUUAAAAAACCACAAUUUUUUUAUCAAUUCCAUCGGCAAAUCAGUCUUGGAUUACGACCUAUUCUUCCAUCUGCAUUCACUACUAAUAGCUGUGUAGCUAAUCCAGUUAUUCAACAAGAAACUUAUCCUCGAAGGAAAUAUAUACCUGAAUGUUCUUCACCACAAAUAAAACAAUCCUUCAAUAUAAACACUCUCGAUGCAUAUGUGAUCACCCUGCCAAGUCACGAUGAACAUAUAUUGGAGUUAACCAAGGCUUUUUAUCAACAUGGUAUUUCAGUAAAACCAUUCCAUGCAGAAAUUGGUCAUAAUCCUCCUAUUACGACGAAAUUAACCAGCGGAGUUCGGGGCCUUCUUUUAACUAUGACUCGUUUUUUCGAAAUGGCACUUGCUAGGAAACUUGAACGAGUGCUCGUGCUAGAAGAUGAUGCUAUUCCACACCGUCACUUUGCUUUUCAUUUUCGAAAUCUUAUGAAUGAUAGUCGAUGUGGAGGAUUCAUGCAAGAUGAUCAAAGUGGUGGCGUACUCAUGCUUGGAGCGACUGUAUGGCCAGCAGGAUGGCGUAUUCUAGAUAAAUCGAAAAAAAGAGAGAGAGGCUUAUGUCGAAAUAUUGGUACGAAAACAUUUGGAUCAUUUGCUGCUCUUUUUCAUCGAAAUACAUUCGAACCUAUUCUCAAUUGGCUCAAUACCAAUACAAAAGAUCCAUAUGACUUAAUUUUUCGUUAUCUCGCUCGUCUUGGCUAUCCUGUAAGACUCGCCAUGCCUAAUCUAAUAAUUACUGAUGUGACACAUACAUCACUUAUUGCUGAGCAUAAUGAUGAAUCCUUUCACAAUGCAUCUUACCGAGCUCAUAUUCAUCGAUGGAAUCUCAAAGACUAUAUGUUUAUAAAAUAUUCUCGUUUUUAA